GCAGCUAUGAACCUGAUUGGAUAACCGACGACAGGUCCGGGGCUUUGUAAUUGCGGGGAGUGCAUUGCUCCCGGCUGGCUUCGGUCAAAGAAAAACGCCCAACGCAAAGGAAAGUCGGUGAGAGGCCUUUAUGAGCAACGGGAGACUAAUCCACCGAUUUGCCUUUCGUCUUCGUCUUCGUCUUCAGCUUCCUUGAAUUCGAUUCACCGAAUCGAUCGCAAUUGGAUGAGCGCGAAGUGCUUGAUGGUUGUGGCUGUUGAGUUUUGGGCGUUUGAACUUUAGAAGAGAACGAACUAAUUCUGGCUGUCUAUUCGGGACACCAGAGAUGGAUUUGAUAUCUACUUGCAAGGUCAAAUUGGCAUAUUUUAGAAUAAAGGAGCUGAAAGAUGUCCUCUCUCAAUUGGGUCUUUCAAAGCAGGGAAAGAAGCAGGAUCUUGUAGACCGGAUAUUAGGCAUUCUCUCCGAUGAGCGAGUUUCUGGCAUAUGGGCAAAGAAAAAUGCUGUUGGGAAGGAAGAACUUGCAAAGCUUGUUGAUGACAUUUACAGAAAAAUGCAGGUUUCUGGGGCUACAGAUCUAGCAUCAAAAGGACAUGGUUCUUCUGACAGUAGAAAUAUGAGGCUCAAGCAGGAACCUGAAGAUUCUUAUCAAAUGGAAAAAAUUCGUUGCCUCUGUGGAAGUUUGUUGCAAAAUGAUACAAUGAUUAAGUGUGAGGACCCGAAGUGCCAUGUAUGGCAACAUAUUGGUUGUGUUAUUAUUCCAGAGAAGCCUAUGGAAGGUGUUCAACCAGCUCUUCCCGAGAUUUUUUAUUGUGAACUCUGCAGACUCAAUCGGGCAGACCCCUUUUUGCUUACAACGGAACAACCUCUUUGUCCUGUUAAGUUGACACCUAUAAAUUCCCCAACAGAUGGUACAAACCCGAUGCAGAGCAUUGAAAGAACUUUUCACCUUUCAAGGACACAGAAGGACUUGUUGUUGAAACCCGAAUAUGAUCUCCAGGCUUGGUGUAUGCUUCUCAACGACAAGGUUCCAUUUAGGAUGCAGUGGCCACAGUGUCCAGACCUAAAGGUCAAUGGUAUCUCAGUGCGGACAAUCAAUAGACCUGGACCACAAUUGCUUGGGGCCAAUGGUCGUGAUGAUGGCUCUAAUAUCACACAAACUGUCGGAGACGGAGUUUAUAAAAUUUCCUUAACAGGAUGUGACUCUAGAAUUUUCUGUUUUGGGGUCAGAAUUGUAAAGCGGCGUACUGUCCAGCAGGUUAUCAGCUUAAUACCCAAGGAGUCUGAUGGGGAGCAAUUUGAAGAUGCUCUUGCUCGUGUUCGCCGUUGUGUUGGUGGUGGAACUGCAAUGGAAAAUGCAGACAGUGACAGUGAUCUGGAAAUUGUUGCUGAUUCAAUUCCUGUCAACUUACGUUGUCCUAUGAGUGGCUCUAGAAUGAAAGUUGCUGGAAGAUUCAAACCUUGUGUUCACAUGGCCUGUUUCGAUCUUGAUGUUUUUGUGGCGAUGAACCAACGAUCUAGGAAGUGGCAAUGCCCCAUUUGUCUCAAGAACUACUCUCUGGAGAAUAUCAUUAUUGACCCAUAUUUCAAUCGCAUCACAUAUAAGAUGCGAAAUUGUGGAGAAGAUGUGACAGAGAUUGAGGUGAAGCCUGAUGGUUCCUGGCGUGCAAAAGCAGAUGGUGACCGGAGGGAUCUUGGAGAUCUUGGGCUUUGGCACUUCCCUGAUGGUACACUUUAUGCCCCUACAGAUGAUGAUGUUGACCCUAAAUCAGACGCCUUUAAGAACAUCAAACAAGAAGGUGUUUCUGAUGGACAUUCUAGUUUAAAACUUGGAAUCAAGAAGAACUGCUAUGGUUAUUGGGAAUUCAGCAAACCUGAAGAUAUUCAUGGACUUUCUUCUAGUUACAAAUUAGAGAAGCAUGAGAACAACAGUCAGAAUGUAAUCCCUAUGAGUAGUAGUGCAAAUGGAAGUGGUAGAGAUGGUGAAGAUCCUAGUGUCAACCAGGACGGUGGUGGAAAUUUUGAUUUUUCCAACAAUGGGAUUGAACUUGAGUCCAUCCCUCUUAAUAUUGAACAGACUUAUGGAUUUUCUAGUCAAAUUGUGGCUCCAUUGGGGGAAGCAGAAGUUAUUGUUCUUAGUGAUUCGGAAGAAGAAAAUGAUGCCAUGAUUUCUUCUGGACCUGUCUUCAAGAACGUUGGAAUUGAUACUGGUGGAGUCACAUUUCCUCCUCCGCAUGGAAAUCUUGAUUCAUAUCCUGAGGACCCGGCUCUUGGUUCUGGUGCUAGUUCAUGCCUGGGACUUUUCAAUGCUAAUGAUGAUGAAUAUGCUGCGUCAUUCUGGCCUCUACCUCCAGGUACUCAGGCAGGCUCCAGCUUCCAGUUGUUUGCUUCAGAUGCAGAUAUCUCAGAUGCCUUGGUUGAUCUGCAGAAUGGCCCCAUUAACUGUCCUCCCUCUACCAAUGGCUACACAUUAAUGGCAGAAGCUCCCAUGGAUUCUGCUGCUCAUCCCCCAUCAUCUUCUGUCGGUCGCUCAAAUGCUGAUUUAAAUGAUGGUUUAGUUGAUAAUCCCUUGCCAUAUGGUGGGGAUGAUCCCCCUCUACAAUUAUUUCUCACUUCAAGGCCUUCUGAUGCAUCAAUUCAACCUAGUUUGAGAGAUCAGUCUGAUGUGUCAAACUCUAUCCGUUCUGAAGAUUGGAUUUCUCUGAGACUUGGGGGAGGUAGCACUAGUCAUGGUGGUGAAUGUACAACUGCCAAUGGAUUAAAUUCACAGCAGCAAUUACAGUCCAAUGAAAGGGCCAUGGAUUCUUUAGCAGACACUGGUUCUUUGCUUCUUGGUAUGGAUGACAACACAUCUGGGAAGACAAGUAGAGAAAGAUCAGACAGCCCUUUCUCAUUUCCCCGCCAACGACGUUCUGUGAGACCAAGAUUAUACCUUUCGAUUAACUCAGACUCUGACUAGAGUAAUUGGAUGGUGCUUGCCAGGGAUAAGUGCCCUCUGCUAUCAUAAGAAAUUCUCGAGAAGGACAAUUGUGUUGGACUAGGGUUCCAGUCUCUUUAUAUGAUGCCUUGCCCCUAGGUUCUGUAUCAUUCCUGGCCGCCAUAUUCCCCUUUCGCCCCAAAAGAUACUUGCAUACUGUAUAUUAAAAACCGAAAUAAAUGGAAAGAGGAAGGAAAAUGUUGGACAUCCUCUGGUUGGAAGAAUUUAGUUGCUGCAGUGAUUUGGUUAUUCCAUCUGGUUUUACCGUCAAGUUGCAGUUUGUAUCCGUAAACUGAAGAAAGCAGAGAAACGAUUUUGUUGAUGCGAAUGUUUCAGCUUCUGCAAGGUAUGCACUGCGGGGCAGAUUUUGUCCAAGGAAUUUCUGCUCAUGUGUGCUGCGCUGGCUGGCUCCUGGAGCUUUCCACAGAAUAUUAUUCUUUCUACCAAAUUGCUGAAGUAGUCUAAGCAAAAAUGGCCAUGCUACUUGUACAUCAAGAGUUACAUCUUGGGCUACACACAUGCACACAAAUGAUUAAAAUAUCCAUCGCGCCUCACCGUGUUGUCUUACCGCCUUGAGUGAGAGGUAUUUUAAUCAUGCGCAUUACUGCCUCACAUUGCCUCACUGUCUUGCCUCAAUGUCUUAGGUGAAGGAUAUUAUUUUAACUAUAUUGUGUGACCUAAGAUGUAGUCUAAGGAGUACAAAUAGCAUUUUUCCUAGUAAAAAAGGGCAGUCCUGGGGUGGUUAGUUUUUGGACCUUUUCUUUUUCAUUUUAUAGUAACUCGCGACUGCGAGUAGCGAGUUUCUUAACUAGCUGGUCCAAGUGGCAAAUUACAUCCAAUGUAAAAUUGCCAUGCAGGACAGCAUUGGCUUUCCAACGCAGCCAAAAGUAUAAUUUUAUCUUUUUUUCAAAUAGUUUGGGAAUAUUAGUAUUUUGUUGAUUUUCUUAAAUUGUAGUAUUUUUUUAGAAAGAAAAAACCUUCCAUUUUACGCUGCGCAUUAUCAGCUUUG